CAACACACUAGAAAAAUGUGGUGUCUAAGAAGCACAUGAGAAAACUAAAGCAAUGAACAAAAACAUGAGAAGACUAAACAACCCAUAAGCAUACUACAAAAACUUGGUAUGAGUUGUCAAAUAGUGAGGAUAGCUAUAUUUAACAUUGGUAGUUGAGGGUGUUAUAGUACUUAAUGAGAAAGUCUAAUUAAGAGAGAUAAAAAUACACACGAGCUUAUAUUUCAAUACUAAUCAGUGCCAAAUUUCAAGGCUAAUGGUGGACUAUGCUCUGGUCAUUUUUCUAUGUUAGAGCAAUUGGUACUCACUAAGGACCCGCUUUAUACAUUGGAGUCGGUCCACAUUUAUGUAAUUUGUACCCGAUCCAUGUACUAAUUUGUCAAUUGCAAUAUACUCUCCUUGGGCCAUGAAACGAAAAAAAUAUAAAAUUAAAAGAAUUAAAGAAAGACCUUGGAGAAGGACCUCCGUUAAAACCCCGCAAAAGAAAGAAAGAACUCGUCUUGGGUUUUUUUCCCCUUUCAUAUUCCACUUUCUUCUCUCCCUCCCAACUCCCAACCAGCCGAAACCCCGCCGUUCCCUUCUCCACAAGGUCAAAACCCCCGAUGACCAACUACGGCACAAUCCCCACCUCCUCCGCCGCCACCGGCGGCGGCAGCUCCUCCUCGCCGUUCUCCAACCUCGCCUACAUCUCCCGCGCCGCCAAGGACCGGAUCCGAGACGGCCUCGGCACCCUCCGCCCCUGGAAAUCCAUGCUCGACUUCCGCAGCCUCGGCCUCCCCGGAACCCUAGCCGACGCAAUCGCACGAUUGAAGACGAAUUCGGCCUACUUCCGGAUGAACUACGCCGUAAUUGUCCUGGGGAUCCUGUUCCUCAGCCUCCUCUGGCACCCGAUCUCGCUCAUCGUCUUCAUCGCCGCCAUGGCCGGCUGGCUGUUCCUCUACUUCCUCCGCGACGAGCCGCUGGUGGUGUUCGGGCGGCUGAUCGGCGACCAGGCCGUGCUGGUCGGGCUCUCGGUGCUGACGGUGGCUCUGCUGCUCCUCACCGAUGUUCUGUGGAACACCGUUGGGUCGCUUCUGGUCGGGGCGGUGGUGGUCGUGGCUCACGGGGUGGUGAGGAAGACCGAGGAUUUGUUCCUCGAUGAGGAGGAGACCGCCGGGUUCCUGGCCGGCGGUGGCGGUGGCGGCGGUCGGUCUUCUUCUUGAAAUUUGUGAGGGUUUUUUUUGGAUCGUAAGGAGUAUGGGAUCUGGCUUUGUCGCUUGGGGGUUAAAUUUUUUUUUUUUUUGUGUAUUUUAUUACAUUGUAUGUUGUUGGGUUAUUGUUAAUUAUUAUUUGGGCGAUGAUAUCUAUAAUUGAAUUAGUGGGUGGGGGAGGAUUUCUUGUGAAUUUGUCUGUCCAUUUUGCAUUUCUUUUUUUGGUGUCGUUUUCGCCUUGUGGGAACUAACUAGACGGCAAGUUUUCCACUUCAAUUUUUGCUUUAUGGUCCAUUAAUUUUCAGUUUUUCAUUUUGAUCGAUACCGUUGACUCAAAUGACAAUCCAAUUUUCCCAUAAAACAAUGGCAAUCCAAUUUAUUGAAGGAUGUUUUGACUAUUGAUGAUACAUGGAAACUAGAGGUGUAGAUGACAAUCCCAGUGAUAAAUGGUUAUGUUGUUAACUGUUUAGACUAACUCCAAUCCAAAAGGUUUUAUUUAGUCUCUCAAACUCUCAAAUGUGCAUUUUUUACCUUCUAAAAAUAUUUUUUGCUCCAAUCCUAAACCUUCUAAAUUUGCCUUCCCAACUCAUAACCAACCAAUCAAAAAUUAAGAAAGUAAAAAAAAAAUGCUGGAAAGUGGAGGGCCCCAGCGUGUGCGCUUGGGUUCCAUGGUUGGUCCCCCACCUUCUCCUUGCAUUUUUCCAUAUUAGUUUCUAUCUAUCCACCCCCAAGCCCACUUCUCCAAAUUUGCAAGCCAAAUAAUUGGUGGGUUGGAGAUGAAAAAAAGCCAAAAACCUCCCUUUCUCCAAAUUUGCAUGCUUGGGUUGGAGACAGUCUUAAUCACUAAUCGCAAAUCAAACUUCCACCCCUAAUUAACGGUGCCGUAACCCGCAAACCGUACACUUUGUGGAUACCUAUACCCACAAUUUAUGGAUAGUGGGUUCACUAGGUUGGGUGUGGGUAGCAAAAUAUUGAUUUUUGUGGUUAGUGGUUAACUACUACACACAACGGUUUACCCACAAAACCCACAUUCACCACAUUAGUUAUAUUUAUUUCUUUCAAAUACUUUGUAACCCACAUUAACCACAUUAGUUAUAUUAGUUUGUGAAACUUGGAAGACUAAGAAUUCAAAUAGCUACCAAAAUCAAAUACACUCUUAUUCUAUAAAACAAAACCAAGUCAAUACGCAAUGUUCAUGUGAGAUACUUUUAUCAAAUAAGCAUUGUCCGUGUGG